AUGUCUAAAGAUAUUGAAAAAAUACAACAACAACAAAGUCAACAGCAGCAGCCAAUGUCGUCCUUGACAAAGUUGCUACAUGAAUCGACCUCGACUCUAGCUUCUCCAGUUUUAUCGAGAAAUACUUCGGAAGUAACUUUUAAGGAUCAAGGUCGCCGUACACCCGAAAUUGUGACCAUAGAUGAUAAUGUCGCUACUGAAUCACCGGGGAUCAUUAUUGAUGUUUCAAAACCUAAACCUCCAUCAAUAGAUACUGAUGGCUUGGAUGUUGAGCCACAGGCUGUGCAUGGUUUUGAUCCAUCUCCAAACACCAAAGUUUCAUUUCUGUCUCCGUUUUCUCCAACUUCUCCAUUUACCAGACAAUCAUCGAACUCAUUUUCAAGUAACCAAGCAUUUCAGAAUCCAAGAGGUGCAGUUGCCAGUCCAAGGUAUAUAAAAAACAAUUCGGUUAGUCACUCAUCGGUAUUUAUGGGUGGGGAGAGUUUAUCAUCGUCAAUCCCUUAUUCUGCUCCUGGUGGUGGACGUGGCAAUCCAGCUUCUCAUAGUGGGAAUACUAGUGGCAGCAAUCAUCCAAACAGUUUACAUCGUGAGAACUCGUUUUCAUCUUUAAACACUAGUGAUAGUAAUUCAUCGUCACAUAUCCCAAACUUGCCCAAUGGUCAACCUAUCAAUUCAAUCCAUAUACAGUCUCCACAAGUGAGUGCCUCAAGUAUCGACUCCAGGUUUGUCGUAUCGAAACAAAGAAUUGCUCAGGCCCAAGCUCAAGCACUGUUAAGUAGUUCUCAAAGAUCAAACUCGCAAAGUGGAUUAUCGUUCUUUUUUUCUCAAAAAAGUAAGCCAGCCGUGAAAAGAGAUUCUACAACUGAUUUAGGUGCAUUUUACAACAACUCUUAUCAAGAUCGUGAUGUUCCAAUUGUUUCUGGUUCCCCCAAUUCGUUAUCUUCUGCGGAAUCAACAGUGUCGUAUGGCAGUAGUGCUCCUACAAGACACAAUUCAAUGGCAAAUUUAAAACGGUUUUUCAAAAAAUCAACUCCAACAACUUCACAACCAGUGGGGACUCUGAACUUAUCUUCGUCUUUAAGAUCGGCUAGUUCUGGUGCUAGUGGGGCAAUGAAUAUUCCAAAUUCAUUGAAUGGACAAACCAACAAUGGUUCUCAAUCGCCAUCAUCAUUCAAUGCUAGCACUUCUAAUACAUCGUAUUCACAGUCACCCGGCACUAAUUCUUCUUCAGUGUCCCGUAGUUCAACUUUGCAAAACAAGAUGAAUUAUCAUGAAAGACGUCAAUCGGUGCUGGGGAUUGUCAAUAAUUCACAGCAAUUGCCAUUUUCUAAACGAUACCACAGUAAGAAUGCCGAGAAUUUGGGAGCUGGUGCUGGAGGUUCGGUUAGAUUGCUUACAAGAGUAAGUGAUGGUAAGACUUUUGCCGUCAAAGAAUUCCGGGCUAAAUAUCAAAAUGAAUCGAAGCGUGAUUACGCUAAGAAGAUCACUGGUGAAUAUUGUAUUGGAUCUACUCUAAAGCAUCCUAAUAUUAUUGAAACGGUUGAAAUUUGUUAUGAGAAUGAACGUAUUCAUCAAGUUAUGGAAUAUUGUGAUUUCGAUUUAUUUGCCAUUGUCAUGUCAAAUAAAAUGUCAAGAGAAGAAAUCAAUUGUUGCUUUAAACAAAUUUUGGCUGGGGUUCAUUAUUUACAUUCUAUGGGAUUAGCUCAUCGUGAUUUGAAAUUAGAUAAUUGUGUUAUUGAUAAACGAGGAAUUGUUAAAAUCAUUGAUUUUGGAUCAGCAGUUGUGUUUUCUUAUCCAUUUACCAAAACUUUAAUUGAAGCACAGGGUAUUGUUGGAUCGGAUCCAUAUUUGGCUCCCGAAGUUUGUGUUUUCAAUAAAUAUGACCCUAGACCAGUUGAUGUUUGGUCAGUUGCCAUUAUUUAUUGUUGUAUGAUGUUAAAGAAAUUCCCAUGGAAAGUGCCGAAAUUGUCUGAUUCUAGUUUUAAGUUAUUUGCAUCUCGUGGUGAAUUUAUUCCAAUUUCGGAGAUGUUGAAAAAGACACCAAAUGACAUGGAGAAGUCAAAUAGUAAUGGAAGUAGUGGUGGAUUAAAUAAUUUGGAGGAUAUAAGUGAGGCAUUGGAAGAUGAAAUUACAGCAGGUGUUAAACAGAAGCCUCCAGCCACUGGUCAAAACGGUACUACUGGUGACGGAAAGGAUCACACAUCUAGUGAAACUGGAGCUAACCGUCUAUUGUUGGCCUUGCCAGAAGAUUGUAGAAGACUUAUUGGUCGUAUGGUUGAAUUAGCUCCAGCUUGUCGUAUCACCGUUGAUGAAGUAUUGAAUGAUCCAUGGUUGAAAUCAGUAAAUAUGUGUACUGUCGAAGAAAGCUCACCGGGUGUGUUUGAAGUUAUCAAAUGUGAAGAUCAUGAGCAUACUCAAGUAGAUCAAUCUAAAGCCCAUAUUGCCGCUUUUGAAAAAAACAAGAAGAAAUAG